AUGAGCCAACAGCCAGCAAAGAAAAGAAAAAGGACUUAUGGUACCUUUGUUUGUGAUUACGAUAACUGUGGUAGACUUCCAUGCACUUGGCCAAACUGCAAUCAAACUUUUGCAAGGAACGAUAUAAGAGAGAAACACUAUCAAAGACACAUUUCCAGAUCACAGAAAGGAAGUACAGUAUCUGAUACUACUUAUUCUUCGUCAGCUUCGCCUGCUAUCACACCCGCCGUAGAUGUUUCCAGUUCGACAAUGUCCACAACAAGUGUCCCUCCAGUGAUCCCCCCACCAGAAUCAAGUUUGACUAAUUCCAAGACCUACCCCACUGACCUAUUUGAUUGGCUUUUCCAAGAUAAUGCCACUUCCAAAGGCAAAGUCGGCGAGUUUUACAACUUUAAUGAUCUUUCUAAUUCAACGUUGUUGGAAAAUGCCUUUGCUAUAAUACCAAAUUUCCCGCACGCAAAGAACAGAACCACUAUCGACCCCAAUAUACGACAGAAUCUACUUGGGUAUCUACCAGAGUUAGCUACUAAUCCCGAUUUCAGAAUCCCCCAGAUUGAACAAUGUUUAGAAUUAUACUGGACAAUAUACCAUCCACAAUAUCCAAUCCUUCAUAAACCUUCGUUUUCAAAUUGGGAAGCUCACCCGUUGCUACUUCUAGCCAUGAUUAUGUUGGGUGCAAGUUUGUCAAGCUGUAGUGAAACUGUCAAUGCGCUUAUUGAUCCUCAUAAAUUAGCAGAGCAAAUUGCAACCCCACUUCGUUGGCUUAUAUUUUCCAACCCUGAGUGUAAGCCCCCAGCUAAAGUAUAUAUCAUCCAAAGUUUGUUAUUGCUAGAAUCUUUUGAAAUCACCAGUACAUCUAGAUUCUUGCAUGAGCGAUCAUUUCUAUACCAUGGAACUAAGAUUCAAUUGCUAAGAAGAAGUCCCUUGCUAGGAGGAGACCCACUCAAGAAGGAAGUCGAGGGACCACCACAAGCAUGGAAACAAUGGAUUGAAUAUGAAUCCAUGAAACGAGCCUGCCUUAUGGCAUUUUAUCUAGAUACAGUUAAUGCUACGGUUUAUGGUCACACAGUUAUCCUUUAUGCCUAUCAAAUCCAAUUGUCCUUGCCCUGUGAAGAUUUCUUGUGGGAGUAUGAUAGCCAACAUCUGAAACUUGUAUCUCCGAUAUACUUACAAACACCCAAGUUUUUAGAUGCUCUUAAAAAGGUGUUACACCGCGAACCAGUACAAACCACCAGGUUUGGGAGAAGUUUACUACUAGCUGGUCUCCUAUCAAUAAUGUUUCAAAUGCAGCAACGUGAUCUACAACUUUCCUACCUUGAAUGGAACUCGGCCAAGGAAUCAUGGAAUGAUACAAUGUCAUUUGCCAUGGAUAUGUGGCGCACCGAGCUUUGUCCCCAAGGUUGCUGUUACACCGACACGGCAGUUAACAUCCCCGAAAUAGGAACACUAACCCAACCAUCACCCAUGCUAAAACCAGAUGAUUCUCGCUGCAAAUUCAGUCUUUACCAUAUUGCCCAGAUCUAUAUGAGAAUUACCCAUUAUGAUUACAUUGUUUACGCAGGUGCACCAAGCAGAAUGAAUGUCAGCGUCACUGACAGCGAAUACGAAGUGGUCAAUAAGAGAAUACAUGCUUGGGCAAACAGUUUAAAUGGCGGUAUUACCGUGAUCCAUGCAUAUCUUUUACUAUGUGAAAUGCUACUUUCACCAUUAAAUGACGAGAUUGUAUUCACUUAUGAUCCUAAUGCCGACCCAUUCUUGCAUAGGAGGAAUAUUAUCAUUAGUGCUGUCCUUGUGAUCUUUGCCUAUAAUUUUUCAAAAGAAGGACCAGAAAUUGAUAUUUUUGAUAAACAGGCUCCGAGCUACUAUCCUGAGCAAGAAGAUGGUUAUGCUUAUUUGAGAAGAGUCAAAUCAGAAUUAUCAAAAUCAUCGGCAGGUAAGUUCCACUCAUAUCCCACCUCAGGAAUUGAUGCUGCCACUUUCCAUAACAACAUAAACAUAUAUGCCGAGUAUUUGAAAGAAAUUCCCAACAAGAAUAACGUGGUUGGAUUACUAAAGAUAUUUCACUCAACCUACAGGAACUCAAAAUGGGAAGUGGGACUCGAAUAUGGUAAUUUACUAAGAAAUUGCAUAGAGAGAAGCUUAGGACGAAAGUCAAUAAAAUGUGAAGAUAUGUUUAUAAAACACUAGCUAUAUAGACAAUUUACCAAACAGUAUUUUCCCACUUGACAAGUUCCAUUGCUUGUUGAUGGACGUCUUUCUGGGCCUUUGUUCUCAUGUAGAAAAUUGGACAAUCCUUGUUACCACACAAAACUUCUUGAUGCAAUGAUCCUUGACAACGUUGACAUUCGGUCCAUAAACGGGAAAACUUGUUUUCCAAGUAAUUCAUUUGUGAAAGAGCAUUGGAAUAAAGUUCAGGACCUUUACCUUCCCGAAUACAAUUUGGACACAAAGCUCCAUGAUUUUCUGAUUUCAAUGGUGUCUUACAAUUGAUACAGACUUCAGAUUUCUUGGCAAACCUCAUUAAUCCACCUGUCUUGGGAGCAGACAUUUUAAUAGUUCUUGUAUGGGCACCUGCUAACAACUCCUUGGUCUUACCAUCUCCCAAAAUUGGAUUGAAAAUUCUUUCUAGUGGCUUGGUCAAUUGUUGAUCCAAAUAGUACUUGACAUCAAUAGGUAAUGAGUUUUCUAAAACAUACAAAGGAUCUUCUGAUUUUUCAUAGUUCUUAUCACUACCAGUAUUAACAAUCACAUAGGCGACUCUAUCACCAAGAGUAGGAGCUGAACCAGGGUCUCUCUUCUUCAUUCUUUCUGCCAAUUCAACAUGGGCCUGUUUAGCGGAAUAAUCGUGCUUAGCAUAAGCCUUGGUAAUAACCAACUGUGACAAAUCUACUCGGUUUUGCAAUAAAUCAGCAAUUGUCUGUUUAACAAAUCUCUGUGCCUUUUCAACAUCUCGUUCUUCCAAAAUAAAUUGUAAAACUUUGGUGAUAACAUUUUGUACCAAUCUACAGUUAUCUCUUCUAACUGUUUCAAUACCUUUGGUAUCCAUCUUAUCAAACUUAUCGGGUCUGGUCCAAUAUAACCCAGCAUAUCUCUUCUUGUUGAUUAACAAAUAUGGAUAAUAAACCUUCUCAAACUCCAACUUAAUAGGACUCUUGAAUUUAGUCGACACGUAAUUAGCAGCCUCCUCACCCAAUUUCAUACAAGUUUCCAAGUCUUGAUAACCAAACUUGACCAUAACAGAAUCUGUAUCACCAUAAAUAACUUGAGCAUCAAACGGGUGUCCAUUCUUUUUAGAAUAAUAUUCUUGAACUUCGUUUUUGGUUUUCUCGAUCAUUUCUCUACCAAAAGCAGUAACAGAAGAUGAAAUUGCAAGACAAGGCAAUUUACCAAUAGUAGCACCAGUGAACCCAUAAACCGAGUUGGCCGAGAUCUUUAAUGCUAAUUGUCUACCAUUAAGCACAUCUUUCUUAAAUGGAUCUGUUUCCUUUUUCAAGUCAGCUUUAGCCUUUUUUCUAGCAGUCAAUAAUUCAUUCAAGAUGGUUGGUAAAAUACCUUGUCUUUUGUGUGACUUGACAAAGAAAUCACCAUUUGGUGUUCUAGUAUAAUCUUCUUCGGUCAACCCGUACGCUUGGAUUGCACUCUUGCUAAGUAAAGUGGUAUAACACAAAUUAUGGGCCAUCAUGAUCGAAGGAUACAACGAACUGAAAUCCAAGGUUGCAAUAGGUACGUCAUAAUAUCCUCUUAUAGGUUCAAUAACGGUUGCACCUUCGUACUCUUCGUUUGUUCCUUCGCUCUUCAUAUUUGGAAUAAUGAUAUCUUCUUCUAAACAUUUUCUGAAUAAUUGUGAGAUAACCUUGAUUUGUUGCCCUCUGGAUAACAAAUACGAGAAUGGAACACCAGUGACUCUAGCCAUUUCUGUAUAAUUAACCAAACACAUAAGCUUGUCCAAAAGUCUCAAAGGCAAGAAUGCAUCUUUCAAACAGUAAACUGCCAACCGUCUUCUUGUUUCUUUCGUACCGUUUUGUAAGUCAGUAAUAAUAGAAUGUUGCACAUCUUCCUUCUGUUCCCCCAAAAAGUGAGCCGAGACCGAGUUCAAUGUAUAAGAACGCAAUUUGUAUUCUCUUUGAACAAACUGAAGCAAAUCC